AUGUUAGCGUGAUAUAUUGUGGGAAUCCUGACUUUUAUCGGAGGAUUUAUUAUUACUUUGUUUGCCUUAUUGAAAACUUUGAAAAUUUCAAAAAUUUUGCAAGACAUAUUUUUUUACAAGUCAUUUGAUCUUACUCAAAACGAAGAAGUGCUGCAGCCUCUAUACAUUUCAUACUCUCAAGUAUGCAGCAGAUACAUCCCGAUUAUAGGAAUAUUCAAGUAUAAACGUGUGCAAUUUGAAAUUCCACCUUCAUGCCAUCUGCUUUUAUUUGCUUUUUAUUUGAAAUUAAUAUUCUGUACAAAUUUGAUUUUUGCGAGCUUUUACAGUGAACUUGUGAUAUAUGCGGCAGUGUUUAUAGGGAUAAUAAUUUCAGAAAUAUUUAUUGUUCUGACUGAAGUUAUUAAUAGAGUCUUUUUAUCAAGCUUUAAUGUGCCAAUUUCGAAAGCUUCUGAUUAUGCUCUUGGAAACUCUGGGUAUAGCUAUCAAAAACAAGUAAAUAAUACGAUGGGGAAUGAAGGUUCUGAUAAAGAAACAUUUAAACAUAAUAGAUACUUAGAAGGAAGUCUUUUAAGUUCAAUUAUGAUUAUUAUGUUUUUAACUCUGUGGGGAACUCGUUUUAUUAGUAUAGAAUCAGAAGACGAAAUAAAAGCAUCAGUAAUACAGUCUUUAAUUGGCAUUGGGAUAGAUUUUCCCUUGAGAUUUCUGACCUGCUAUAUUUUAAAAGCCUUUAGAAUGGUUCCAAUAUAUGAAAAGAAAUAUGCAGUUUUCAACGUAAAAAUUCAGCCAGAAGACUUAAAAAAAUAUCAAAAAACUCCUCUAAGAGCUUGCUAUGAAGAUAUUACAUUAAAUGGGGUAGAAGUGUCCUUAUUUGCUGAAGAAAAAAAAGAUAUUGCUUUUAUUCCAAACAAAGAUAUAGAUGAAAAUAGCAAAACUUUAUUUACCAAUGAAGAAGAAAAUUCUUUCGUUAAAACCAUUCUUCCACCAAUAAAGAGACAUCCAAAGCGUAUUGAAUUUUUAAAAGGCUAUGAUGCCUUUUUAGAAAACAUGAACAAAGUUUAUUGUGAAGAAAGCGAAGAGAAUAUUGAGAGCUUUGAUGAAAUGUCGUUGAGAAAACAUAAAAGGACUGACAGUGAUGAAGAUACUAUUGCGUCUCACAAUGAGCUUUCUGAUAAUGAAUUUAUAUUAUGCCCUGAAGAGUUUUUUUCUACUCCAAGGCCUGCGAAAAUAAUUGAAUUCGCAUCUCCAUCACCUCAAAGAAAUAGAAGCCCUGAUAGAAAAAAUUAUUCGCCUGAUAAAAGUACUCUUGUGCUGACACUAUUUAAAUGUGAAGCAGAAAAUACUUUAGCUUUUGAUAUAGCUGAAUCAGAAAAUUACCCAAAAAAUGAGUAUAAUCCUGACAUGACAUUUUCUAAUGGAAUUUGUAACGAAAAUACUGACGAAAGUAUACCAAAAAAUUUAAAAAUCCAAAGCGAAGAUUAUAUUGUAGUCAAAGCACACGAGAAAUUAGUUAUAACAAAAGAUCCAAAUGAUUUAAGCAGAGUCAGCAGCUUAGUUAUGCUGACAACCCCUCCAAAAAUGCCUAAAAGACAUAAGCGUUCUCUUAAAACCAAACAAAAAAACCAAGCCGAAGACUAUUCAAUUUUAUACCCCCAAAUCUCUAAAUCUCCUCAAGACUGAGGAAAAAGAAACCCGAAAAAUCUGAUAAAUACCCCAGAAAAGCAAAAAUCUCUUUCAUGCGACCCUAAUUUUCGAGCUCCAACCCCUGAAGAAAUGAUAUCAAUAGCUUGCAAAAAUAAAAAAAUUUAUGUAGACGAUAAAAUUUUCCAACGAAAAUCAGAGCAAGAUAUUCUUAUGCACGUUGACGAAAUUUUACAUGAAAAUGAGAAAUCUCCUGCUGUCGAAAAACUAAAAAUGAUGCUUGAGUCAAGAAAAUCGUUUCAGAAUAAAACUAGGGAUGCGUCGCUACAUGAGCUUGGAUGCUAUGAAGAAGAUUAUAGCUCUCCUUAUGCAAAAGCUGGCUAUAAAUCACCACUCCCGAAGUAUCAAAAACCACCGAAAAAUGCGAAAAAUCAAGUUUUGUCACCAUCGAAGUCUGAUAAUAGACUCAAAUCUGUUGUAUAUGAAUUUUAA